CCAGUGACAGCACAGAGACCAGUGAGGCUGGUGAGGAGGAGGAGGAACAUGAAGGGGACAGUGACAACAAGGAGCGCAUGCCUUUCAUCCAGUAGGCCCAGUGCAGACAUGGCGCGUCUGGUUCUCCCCAUCUUUUUGGUUAUCUCUCUUACCUUGCUCCACCAGGGAUAUAGCCAUCCAUCUCGUACCAGGAAAGCAGUGCCAGCACCACAGAGAGAUGCAGCGGCAGAUGAGGAUGAUGUAAAGUUGCAGCUGGAGAAGCUGUGGCAGGAGGUGAACUCCCUGAAGGAGAUCUCGGCUCUGCAGACAGUUUGUCUUCGUGGCAUCAAAGCUCACAGGAAGUGUUACCUGACCAUCGAGGAACCCAAGCACUACCAUGAGGCCAAUGAACACUGCAUCGCAUGGGGUGGAACACUUGCCACUCCACGUGACCUCAAUGAAAACAAUGACCUGAGGGACUAUGCCAAGAGGAGUGCGCCAGGUACCAAGGAGUUCUGGAUCGGUGUGACAGACAUUGUGAAGGAGGGCCAGUAUGUAGACGUCAACAGCAUGCCCAUCAGCUACUUCAACUGGGACAAGACCAAGAAGCAGCCCACAGGGACAAAGAGGGAGAGCUGUGUCGUGCUCUCACUGGCUGCACAGGGAAAGUGGCAUGAUGAGGUCUGCCUUGGCAAGAAAAAGUACAUUUGUGAAUACCCCAUUCCCUAACUUGUGUACCAUCAUGGAGACCAGAUGGUUGUUGACAACCUGAUGAUCAUUUAUGCUCGUCAUUAAAAAAUACAUAGGAAAUGG